AUGUCGCUCACAUUCACCACCCUCGAUGUCUUCACAAGCACCCGCUUCCGCGGUAACCCGCUGGCGAUAGUGCAAGUCCCCACCGGCACCGACCUGUCGCAGGAACAGAAACAGCUCAUCGCACGAGAGUUCAACUUCUCAGAGACCGUCUUCCUCCACGAACAGACAGACGCCGACGUCAAGGCUCGCAAUGCCCGAAUCGACAUCUUCACCCCAUAUGCCGAGGUGCCCUUCGCCGGCCACCCCACCAUCGGUACAUCGACCUACCUGGCCCAGCAUCUGAAGUUGGACUCUGCGAAGACACUGAUCACCAAGGCCGGCCCUCUUCCCUUCAAGGCGCUGGGCGACGGCGCGCAGCUGGCCGUGGCGCACGACGUGCACAUCCACAACCGGCCCUUCGCCGACACCGAGUUCGGCCACUACCCGGUGGUCGGCAUCGUCAAGGGCAUGACGUUCAUCCUGGCGAACCAGCCCGACCUCGAGGCCCUCGCUAAGCCGACCGAGAAUCUGCUCGGCAGCAUAGCGGGCGUGUACACAAGCCACGGCGCGCUCGACGAGGGCUUCCGCGUCGGCAUCGUCGUCAGCUAUUUCUUCGUGGACCUCGGCACGGACGCCGACGGCACGCGGAAGCUGCGGACCCGAAGUCUGGGGUCGAGGGAGGAUCCCGCCACCGGCAGUGCUGCGUCGGCUCUGUGCUCGUUCUUGAGCUUGACUGAAAGGGAUGGGCCGUUGGUGCGCAGGUAUGCGAUCACGCAGGGGGUGGAGAUGGGUCGGCAGAGCGAGAUCAGCGUCCAGGUUACUGUCAAUGGCGCGAGGACUGGUGUUGAGGAGGUGCUGCUGUCUGGCACGGCUGUCAAGGUUAUGGAGGGGAAGGUCGAUAUACCACAGGUUUGA